AAGACGGACGCGUGCCCGCCCCCUGUGUGUGUGUGUCAGCAGCACCAUGGAUGUGUUUUGGUGCACUGGUAUUCGGACAUCAUUGAUACAGCAGCAGUGAGUAACUGAGCAGUGAUGGAGCCUCUGCCGACACCUGACAUCUGAGUACAUGACAACAGGAGGUGGAGAGCUGAACCCUGAACCUGAAGAUGAGGCGUCUGUCACGGAGGAAGGCCCUGAGCUUGGUGAGGGAGCUGGACGCCUUCCCCAAAGUGUCAGAGAGCUACGUGGAGACCUCGGCGUCAGGAGGAACAGUGUCGCUGAUAGCGUUUGGGGCCAUGGCUCUUCUGGCCAUCUUGGAGUUCUUUGUUUAUAGAGACACGUGGAUGAAGUAUGAAUAUGAGGUUGACAAGGAUUUCUCCAGUAAACUGAGAAUAAACAUCGACAUCACAGUCGCCAUGAAAUGCCAGCAUGUUGGCGCAGAUAUUCUGGACCUGGCUGAGACCAUGAUCACAUCUAACGGCCUCCAGUACGAGCCUGUUAUUUUUGAGCUGACUCCACAGCAGAGACUGUGGCAAAGGACGCUGCUUCUCAUACAGAACAGGCUGAGAGAGGAACAUGCUCUCCAGGAAGUCCUUUACAAAACUCUCCUCAAAGGAGGUCCCACUGCCCUGCCCCCACGGGAGGAUGGCUCUGUGGAGCCGAUUGAUGCUUGCAGGAUACACGGGCACGUCUACGUCAACAAGGUGGCAGGAAAUCUACACAUCACUGUGGGAAAGCCCAUUCACCAUCCCCAGGGUCAUGCCCACAUCGCAGCUUUUGUGAGCCACGAGACUUACAACUUUUCCCAUCGCAUAGACCAUUUAUCUUUUGGGGAGGAGAUACCGGGCAUCAUCAAUCCUCUGGACGGCACCGAGAAAAUCACCUAUAACAAUAACCAGAUGUUCCAGUACUUUAUCACAGUGGUUCCAACCAGACUGAACACGUACAAGAUAUCUGCAGACACACACCAGUUCUCUGUGACUGAGCGGGAGCGAGUGAUCAACCACGCAGCAGGCAGUCACGGUGUGUCCGGCAUCUUCGUCAAGUACGAUACCAGCUCUCUGAUGGUGACAGUCAGCGAGCAGCAUAUGCCACUGUGGCAGUUCCUGGUGCGACUGUGUGGUAUUAUCGGGGGAAUCUUCUCCACGACAGGGAUGCUCCAUGGGCUUGUUGGCUUCUUUUUUGACGUCAUCUGCUGUCGCCUUAAACUGGGAGUCUACAGGCCCAGAGAGGACGUGCAGCUUCACAACCAGAUGAACAAUCUAAACAAUCACCAGACUCCUUUGUUGGCUGAAGACGUCCCUCAGGAGUAGCUGCUUUAAAGCGACCAGGCUUUUGGCCAUCAUCAACCAUCUUCAAUAUGUCAUGUGUUUUUUUUUUCUAAAAAAGGCAAAGCUGUCUGUUAAACACUGUGCUUUUGACUUGAAAUAAAGUUCACAUCAAAUUGUUGCACUUUAGGAAAAGGUGUUCCCUGUGACUGCAGUCAUACUUGUGUUGUUAAACAUUAUUUCCUUUCUGUGAUUUCUUCUGAAAUGUCGUUGGAUUUCUGUUUAGUUUUGCUGUACUACUGAUUGUUUGGUUGUUGUCUGACUUCAUUAAAAUUUAAACAUCCACAAAUUGAAACGUA